AUGAAUAUUCAGAGAACUACUCGUCCUCACCGACGACAUGGAGAAAUUCGUUUACUCGAAAAACAAAUGCGUCCUGAAGUCAUUGAACGUUGUUUACAAUUUCUCGACGUUGUCAUCAAUCAGAUAAUUUAUCAAGAAAAUAUCUACCCUUCAAAUCUAUUUCAACCUCGUCAAAUGUACCGGUCACUUGUUUAUCAAUGUAUCGACAAAGAUAUUUCAUCUUAUAUAACACUGUGUGUCGCAUCGUUGAAAGAUCUCUUUUCUCAACAGUUAUCAGAUAUGGUUUCGAUAAAUAUUAUUCGAAAUUGUCAAAUACCAAUUAUACUUCGACGGUAUCUCAUUGAAUUGCACACUAUGCACGAUCCAUGUCUUCGCGCGAUCUAUGAUAAUACAAAGCAGUUGAUGAAUCAACUCGAUCAAAUUUUUUCACAGUGUAUUCAAACUAUCAAACAAAUUAAACCAUUGGAAUGUUCAAAUUAUACGAAAGGAUGGACUUUUCAAUUGAGGUAA